AUGCCGGCAGACAUGCGCUCGCUGAGCAGGCUCCUUUCUGGCAGCGGAUGGUUGAGCAGUGGGCGCCUGAUCCAGCACGAAAGCCUCCUUUGCAGGAGAGCAUCGAUCCAGAGCCGCAGAAACAUGGGCUGCUCCACUGAAGCAGUUGGCAUUCUGCUCAUGGCUGCAUCUGGGCUUGCUGUGACCUGUGAGAUGGUGACCAGCAAAGCCAUCGAGGACAUGCAUUGGCCGUAUUGGUACUUGUUGGCUGCUUGUUGUUCUGUCGGAACGAUGGCAAACGGCCUCGUAUUGUGGUGGCAGGGGGUCAACUGCCCGAAGCUACCGGAUGUGAAGUGGAUUUUUGCGCGAGCUCUCUUCGAGAACUUACAUUGGAUGCUGGCCAUUUAUGCAGUGCUGGUUGGAGCCGCUCCGGGUGACGUGGCCGCGCUUACAAGCAUUGACAUCAUCGCUGCUGCACUUUUGGGCCUCCUGUUCUUGGGGGAGCGAGUCAGCAUGCUGCACUUCCUUGCCUUGGUUCUUUCAGUUGCUGGCGCUCUUUUCAUCUCGCAGCCGCAGUUUCUGUUCGGCAUCACUGAGGGGUCGAAGCAAUCUCCACUUGGCUACUGCUUGGCGAUGUUGGCAGGGUGCUUCCAAGCCGGUGCUUUCGUCUGUGCCCGCAAGUCCACCCACAUCCCGGUCUCACUGCUGACCGUCUUGUCACUGUUUCUGAGCGUUCCGCUGGCUUUCGUGCCGCCGUCCCUGGGUUUGCAUUCUGGAUCAGAGGACGGUCUCAAGCUUGUAGCUGACAAGCCUUGGCAAGCCCUGGCGCUGCUCUCCGCAAUGACAGCUUGGGUGUUGCUUUCCAUUAUGCUGCCAGCAGCGGGAGCGACGAGGUGUCCGGCUGCAGUCAGCGCAACGGUUUUCACAUCUGCAAGUAUGAUCUCAGGCUAUGUGGCACAAACAGUACUGAUGAAUGAUGCCCCCAAGCCGAUGAAGCUCUUGGGAGCCACAUGCAUGCUUUUCAGUGUCGUGAUCAUGGCAAUCCGAUGCCAACCGGCUGAAGAGUCAGAGCCUUCCUGCGCGGACUUUGUGCCAGAGCCUACGGUCAUAGGCAGUGCGACCACGGAGGACGACGAGACGCAGAGCCUCGGAUCUUUCGUCGCUUCCGAGGUUUCCUUCGCAUCGAGCUCCAGCCUUCGACGGCGCAGCAGCACCAAUUCCAAACCUCUGCCUCAGCGCCUCGAUCAGUUGUACAGCGCCUUACAUCGUGAUCCUGUACAGGGCCUCGAUAUGGCCAUGUCGCAUCUUGCUGGCAGAGUGAAAACACGUUCAGCUGGGCUGGUGGCCCAAAUGCCUCGUGCCGAGAGGCCAUGGCUGCGUCCCGUGCUUCCACACCAAAUGGUGCCGGAAUAUUAA